AUGGCACCACCGUUUGAAUAUAAAUUGGCGAUAGAAACACUUCACGAAUUAAGAAAGAGCGGGGAGAGGAAAUCGGAACUUGUUAUUUCUCUGGGCGGAAGACUAAUUCGGGAAGGAUAUAUCGGCAAGCUCGGUGAUGAUGUGUGGUCUGUAUAUGAACAAAUUUUUGUUGCUGCUCUGGACCACCGAGAAGAAGCGUUGGCCAAGACAUGUCUAGAGAAUCUCGAGAAGCGGUUUCCAAACUCACCUCGAGUGAAAAUAUUAGAAGGAAUGAAAUUAGAGGCUGAAGAAAAGUUGGACGAUGCGUUGAAAUUAUACGAUGAAAUUUUGGAGGAGGAUGACUCAAAUAUCGCGGCAACAAAACGUAGGAUUGCCAUAUUUAAAGCCAAGGGACAAGACCAACAAGCGAUGGAGGCACUAUCACAUUACCUCGAUGCCUUCUACAAUGAUGCAGAAGCAUGGUUAGAAUUAUCAUCAUUAUAUUUGAAUUAUCAUUUAUACAAGCAAGCAGGAUUUUGCCUCGAAGAACUCAUUUUGCUUCAGCCGCAAAAUCACCUGUACCAUCUCAAAUAUGCAGAAAUUUUGUACACCUGUGAUAAUAUCGAUAAUAUCACUUUGGCCUUGAAAGAGUUCUGUCGAGUCGUUGAAUUAUGCGAGGAUCACGUUAGAGCCUUAUAUGGAAUUAAAUUGGUAUUCAAUCUUUCAUCAGUUUCCAUUAUCUCGUUCUCUACUAACUUUUGUGUUUGCAUAUAUCAGUGCACUUCUCGACUAUUAAGCGUACGUACGUCUUCAAUUGACGUGAAGACGAUAUCCGAGCUAAAUUCUUUGGCUAGUGAGCGAAUCUCAAAAGUUUAUUCUAAGGGUAAUAACAAUAAUAAUAACUCGGACGAAAUUCCAAAUUGUUCAUGA